GUGGAAUGCGGGUCAAGCGGAACUCACAGCAACAAAAAAAAGCUGCUCUCUUCAUAUCAAACUCAAAACACCGGCUUGCAUCCUCCUGACGUGCUCUUGUCCCGACGCCGGAGCCCCGCAGACAGACGACGAUGAAGAGGAGCAGGCACCUGAGCAGCAGUGACGACUCUGACAAUGGAAGUAACUCUACCUGCUGGUCCCAACAUUCGUCACAGCCCAGGAGAGGCACCGGGCAGAAACCCUCCGAGGUUUUCAGGACAGACCUGAUCACAGCCAUGAAGGUGCACGACUCAUACCAGCUGAACCCAGAGGACUACUACGUCCUCGCCGACCCGUGGAGGCAGGACUGGGAAAAGGGCGUCCAGGUGCCCGUCAGCCCCCAGUCCAUCCCCCAGCCCGUUGCCAGGUCGUUGGCAGAGAAAGGGAAGGAAGUCAUGUUCGUGAAGCCAAAGAAGUUGAUCCGGACGUCGGGCACCGAGGCGCUCGGCUACGUGGACAUCCGGACGCUGGCGGAGGGGAUGUGCCGCUACGACCUGAACGAGGAGGACGUGGCCUGGCUGAACACCGUCAACGAGGAGUUUGCAGAGAUGGCCAUGCCGCGGCUCGACGAGAUCACCAUGGAGCGCGUGAUGGAGGAGUUCGAGCACCGCUGCCACGAGAACAUGACGCACGCCACGGAGACGGAGGAGGGGCUGGGCAUCGAGUACGACGAGGACGUGGUGUGUGACGUGUGCCAGUCGCCCGACGGGGAGGACAACAACGAGAUGGUGUUCUGCGACAAGUGCAACAUCUGCGUUCACCAGGCGUGUUACGGCAUCCAGAAAGUCCCGAAGGGCAGCUGGCUGUGCCGGAUCUGCGCCCUCGGCAUCCUGCCAAAGUGCCAGCUGUGCCCGAAGAAGGGCGGAGCCAUGAAGCCCACGCGGAGCGGGACCAAGUGGGUUCACGUCAGCUGUGCCUUGUGGAUUCCAGAGGUGAGCAUCGGGAAUCCAGAGAAGAUGGAGCCGAUCACCAACGUGUCCCACAUUCCCAGCAACAGAUGGGCUCUGAUCUGCUGCAUGUGCAAAGAGAAGACCGGAGCGUGCAUACAGUGCUCAGCAAAAAACUGCCGGACUGCCUUCCACGUGACGUGCGGCCUCCACGCCAGCCUUGAAAUGAACACCAUCCUCACCGAGGACGACGAGGUCAAGUUCAAGUCCUACUGCCCCAAACACUCGGGGAUCGAGGCCGCCGAGUCCAGAGGCUCCGGAGACGACGACGACGAGGGGCGCGUGAAGGAGAGCGUUCGAGACAAGAAGGGCAAACGGAGAGGGAGGGUGAGAGGGGAGGAAGACCCCGCCCCCUCCUCCUCCUCCUCGUCUCUCUGCGUCGUCCCUCAGCGCGCCGAAAGAUCCUUCGCCAACACGCAGACGCUCAGCAGCCGCCAGCAGGAGAAGAGAGUCAGCCUCCGCAAGCUGAAGCUGCAGGAGAUGGAGGAGGAGUUCUACCAGUUCGUGGAGGUGGAGGAGGUGGCCGAGCACCUGAAGCUGCCCCCCGAGGUGGUGGACUUCCUGUUCCAGUACUGGAAGCUGAAACGCAAAGCCAACUUCAACAAGCCGCUCCUCACGCCCAAGAAGGACGAGGAGGAGAGUCUGGCGCGCCGCGAGCACGAGGUGCUGCUGCGACGCCUGCAGCUCUUCACACACCUCCGCCAGGACCUGGAGAGGGUGCGUAAUCUGACCUACAUGGUGACUCGGAGGGAGAAGAUGAAACGCUCGCUGUGGAGAGUUCAGGAGCAGAUCUUCCAUCAUCAGGUCCGGCUGCUCGACCAAGAGCUGUUCAGCGGCGAUCCAUCGGCCAAGGAUUUGGAGAAGCUCCUCUCUCUGGGCUGGUUAUCCUCUCAGGGCUCCCAGUCUCGCUCCUCCUGGAGCCAUUCUGGACUCAAGACCAAACAGGGGUUUCUAAAGCAGGAAAAAAGGAAAGGCAGCGACAGGAAAGGGCUCGCCGACUCACUGCACACCUACAAGAAGGACAAUCUCAGCAAACCACUGGAGACGAAGGACAGUAAAAGCUCCCACAUCAAGGAGUCUCAGCCCGCUGAGGCCGCGAGCGACGCCAAAACCCAGAACUCGGAGAACGAGGAGGAGGAGGAUCUGUACCCGAAUCCUCUGAAGCUGGAGGGCAUUCAGGACUCUGUCUCCGUCAAGCUGCACAAACUGGAGAGCAGGAAAAGCGUGAGGAGGGAGGCCCCGGGGCCCGAGCAGGAGGCGCUGGCCCGACGGAAACGAGACAGCGACCAGGAGCAGGAGGAGCGGAGGAGGAAGAGGAGGGGCGAGGGGACGGAGAGCUUCCCCAAAAACCGCUUCGGGUUGAAAAACCUGGAGAAAACGGUGUCCAUCAGGCUGGUGGACAUCAGAAACUCAGAUACCGAAGACUACUUCCUGGAUGAAGGGAUGACCAAAAGACGCCACGCCGCCUCUCCGGACGCCUCGACCAACACUAAACUGAACAGAGCCAACCGGGUCGCGGACGCCAAAGCCACAAACGGUUGGCUGAGGAAAGCGAACGCCGCCCAGUCCAACGGGUCUGUGGCGGGAAACCUUAAAGACUGGGGGAAGUUCAGGAUCCCGAAGAGGAGCGAGAAGCCGCCUCAUCAUCAUCACCCGACGACGACGAAGGCGCCGGAGCAACGCAAGCCGCUUCUCCGACCGCUCACCAACACGCCCGAGCCGUCGUCGUACCCGAGGACGCGGCUCCGCACGGGGACAGAGAACGACGGCUUAGACUCCAAAACGGGCGACGGGGGCGGGGGCGAGGUGGUGGAGCCCUGCUUGAAGCGAUGCCACUCCCACCAGCUGAGGGGCGACUCGUCCCUCGGUCGGCGAUACGGGUCCGACAUCAUCCGCCGAGGGGUGCUCGCCUCUUGAUGACGCUCCGGGUGUCGAAACACUUUGAAAAAUAAGCUGCACUGCGUUUAGUCGGAGGGGAAAGAGAACGGCGGUCGCUCUUUAUACCUUUAUUUUUCUUGAUAAAUCAUAAAAUGCCUAGAUUUAAAAAAACAAACAAAACAGAGCUGAUAUUUAUUUUUUAUUUGUAACAUAUGUAAAACUGGGAAAUAUUUUACUUUUUACUUUAUUUUGAGCUAGUUUUCUUUUUGUUGUUGUUGUUGUUGUUUUUUUUCCUACAAAGUAGAAACGAUGUCAAGUUGCCACUUAAAAAAAAAAAGAAGCUCGCUCAGAUAUUUACAAGCAUCAAGUUUUAGGGAGACGUGAUUGUUGCUCGGGACCAGAAGCUUGCGAUGUAAUUUGUUUGUUUGUUUUUUUUGACUUAGUAUUAAAAACUCGGCCAGGAGUCAGUUGCACUUAGUCGUUAAAAAAGACUUUUCUUUCUUUUUUUUUUAAACAUAUAUAUAUCUAUCAAGCUUUUCAUCUGAUGUCUAUAAGACAAAAAACAGGAAUAAACUGCCCCCCCCCCCUUAUCGCUAUUUAAAACGCCAGCUGUUCAUCACUUCAUCGGUCUGUAUGUCGUCAGGCUGCGAUUGUUUAAAACAUUAUGAACUCAUUCACAAAAACACACACACACACACACACACACACGAAAUAUAAUAAAAAGAGGAAUACUGAAUGAUGUUUUACUGUCAUCAGCACUUAAGUGUAAUUGAACUUGCGAUAUUGUAUCCAUCAUGUGCCUAACUUUUAUUUGAAGCGUUUGCACUACGAGAGGAACGGCACAGGUGUGAGGUAUGACUAGAGUUAUUUUUACACUGAAAUUUAAAAUGAAAAUAAAAAAAGAAGAAGAAGAAGAAGCGUUUUUUGUACCCUCGGCCGCUGCUGUACUACUGUUAUGCAAAAUUAUUUUUGUUUUUGUCUUUUUGUCUGAAAGAGGAAUAAAAAAAACACUCUGGAGGACUGAAA